UCUGGAUCGUGAAUCCGAAGCCGAGCAGGAACUUAUCGGUCCAAACCUAUAAAGACCCUCCAAAGAUCAGGACACGGACCACAGCAGAGACUGGACACACCAGUCAGACAGCAGGGCUGUCGAUACCGUCCAUGUUUUCAGCUUUUCUUACUCAGUAACGAACCUCCUCCAGCCAAAACAUGGAAAGCUCCGCGCCUGCAGGCUUUUCCACAAACCCGGCGAAAAGGGGAAGAAUGGGCAGCUCGACUAGUUUAAAUUGAGCGGACAGGCGGCUGUUUUCAAACUUCAGUGUAGGGCUUUUGUCGAACGGGGUGGUGUAGCGCCGGAGCUCUGAGGAGAAAGGAGGAUCAGCGCGAGCGAACCGAGCGGUAGCGUUACUACUGGAAACCGCAGGUCGGUCAGAAUUCCAGUCAGGCUGUUCAGCGGGCUGUUUGUGUAUUUCAGUCUCGGUUUUAGGCGUUUUAUUCGUUUUUACACGGGUAUUUUAGCGUUUACCUUUUUAAAACCAGAAAUAGUUCGUUUAGCUGUAACAGACAUGUCGACAAAGCUCUAGUUGAGCCGUUUUAGCCGGUUUUAACGAAGAAUAACACAUCGGCCUACUGUGAAGAUGACGUCAUCGCCGUUGGCCCCCGGCAUCAAGCUCAUCACCUCUUUCUCUAGAGACAGCUGGUACAGAGGCUUCAUCCUCCUCCUUACGUUUCUCUUCUACACGGCCUACCACCUCUCCCGUAAGCCUAUCAGUAUUGUCAAGAGCCAGCUACACAGAAACUGUUCGUUUGUCAUUAGACCAGCUGACCUCAACAUCACAGACAAUGCCACCUGGUGCGACUGGGUUCCUUUUGACCAAGAUAAUUACCAGAACCUGUAUGGAUACCUGGACAACUGCUUCCUCGUGGCCUAUGCCAUUGGCAUGUUCUUCAGUGGCAUGUUUGGGGAGCGGCUGCCUCUGCGAUACUACCUGGCUGUGGGGAUGCUCUCAAGUGGCCUCUUCACAUCGCUUUUCGGCCUGGGCUUUUACUGGAACAUCCACUCGUUGUGGUACUACUGUUUGGUGCAGGCUUUGAACGGCUUGGUACAGACUACAGGCUGGCCUGCAGUGGUGGCCUGUGUUGGGAACUGGUUCGGAAAGGGGAAGCGAGGGUUCAUCAUGGGUGUGUGGAAUUCGCACACUUCAGUGGGGAACAUUCUGGGCUCACUUAUCGCAGGGGCCUUUGUGUCAUCUGCCUGGGGCAUGUCCUUCAUCGUGCCUGGCAUCAUUAUUGGAGCCAUGGGAGUCCUCUGCUUCUUCUUUUUGGUCGAAAAGCCAGAAGAUGUGAACUGCACCCCUCCCCAGCAUCAUGAGGAUACAGAGCGGGAGCCACUGCUAAGAAACACAUCUAAUAAUGAGGAAAUCUUCAACAAUCACACGCCUGCUGUGGUGGAGGCUGCGGAGGAGCAGGCAGAGGCUAUAAGUUUCUGUGGAGCUCUUAGGAUACCGGGCGUGGUGGAGUUCUCCCUCUGCCUGCUGUUUGCUAAGCUGGUGAGCUACACCUUCCUCUACUGGUUACCUCUGUAUAUUGCUAAUGUUGCACAUUUUGAUCCUAAGGCAGCCGGGGACAUGUCGACUCUUUUUGACGUUGGAGGAAUUUUGGGUGGUAUUUUAGCUGGUGUCAUAUCAGACUACACUGGGGGGAGGGCUACCACCUGCUGCGUCAUGCUAAUCGUCGCUGCUCCUAUGCUGUUCGUGUACAACCUCGUCGGGCAGCGCGGCGUGUCAACCACUGUGGGCAUGCUGCUGUUCUGUGGUGCUUUGGUAAAUGGACCCUACGCCCUCAUCACCACAGCCGUGUCAGCCGACUUGGGAACUCACGAGUGUCUGGCAGGGAACUCCAGAGCACUGUCCACUGUAACAGCCAUUAUCGAUGGAACUGGAUCAAUAGGUGCUGCUAUUGGGCCUCUGCUGGCUGGACUGAUCUCUCCCACUGGCUGGAACAAUGUUUUCUACAUGCUUAUUACCGCUGAUAUACUGGCCUGUCUGCUGCUGUCAAGGCUGGUGUUUAAGGAGGUUCGUGGUUGGUGCGGUUACACUACAAGACAGAGAGGGUUCAAAGAGAUCUGAGGUGCCUGCCGGACAAGUGAAUAUCACACCUGCAGUGGAAAAUCACCCACAACAGAACCCACAAUAAAGGGGGGACCACGGCCUGAUCCAUCAGACAAAGCUGCUUUUUUAAUGCCCGCAGGCGCUGCCGUUUAUUUGAAUAUGGUAACUGGACACUUUCAUCUCUUUACACACCAGCAACAGAAACAAAACCCCACAACGGCCAGAUGAAAUGGGAUGAUGAAGGGAUGGUGGCUCUCUGUCAUCUGAUGUAAAGAGGGAGAGAAAAAAGAGAAAGAGAGAGAAUUAGAGCUCCUCUAUUUGAACCCAGGAUAUUUUUAUCGACCAGUGAUGAUUUUAUUUGUGUCGGGUUUUUUAAUCAUUAAAAUAUGCCAGCGGUGCAUUGCAUACUUCUUUUAUCUUACCUCUGUCUCCAUGGUUACUCAGACUCAGACACACACACACACACACACACACACGUUGAUGGAUUACACUCCUCAUUAAGUCAGGUGGGGGUUCUCAGCCAUGUGACUGUUCUCAAAGCUGAGUGCCAACCAUGUGUAGUCAAGUAGGUCUGCAGUGCCUUCCACAGUUAUUGGCACCAUUAUUUAAAAAAAUAAAGACAAUUAGCAAAGAAAAGAAAAGGUUAUGAAUAAAUUCUCUUUGUUUAUUGGCUAUAUCAUGUUCUGAAAAUAGGAUAAAAUCAAAUCUUUGUACAGUAAAACGAUAAACAUUUUUCUUUACAGCAACAGACAUAGUUAUAUGCACAGGUUUGGUCAAAAUACAUGUAUUGCUUUUUCUAAGUGAAAGUAAGUUACACGUAAAACACUUAAAGCCAGUUUUAUUGCACAAUUUCUCCAUAACUUUUACACAGGCCACAUUUUAUGUUGCAUUUUUUCUGUUACAUUUAACAAAAAAACAUGUGCUUUCAAAUGUGCAGAAGCUUGUAGAGGAUGUUAUUUCCACUUAGAAAACAUUUGCCCAAACCUUUGCAUACAACUGUAUUUUUAUAGAAUUUUACGGUAUAGCACCUUUACUGAAAUCAUUCAAAAUGAAGAAAUAUUUUUAAAUAUUUCUGAGCAUUUCUUAAAAACAACAGAUGCUUAUUCAUAACAUUUCGGCAAUCAAGAAAACAUUAAUAAAUAAACAAACAAUUUCCUCAAACAUAAGACAAUUAUUUAUAGCAUUUAUGCCGCUCAUGAACAAGUAACUAAAUAAAUAUUUUUCUUUAUAAAUAAAUAAUUUUCAGAUCCUUUUCUGCUAAUUGUUACCAAGAGUGCUUAUCAGUGUGGAGGGCACUGCACAUGAACCACAUUCCCAUUUAACACCUCUGUGUUUUACAGCUGAGGUGUUCAGCCUCCACACGCUCCUCGUGUUUCUCGUCCAGGCUCAGAUCACUCUCGAGUUCCUCCUGAGACUCUCAGUAUGUGAGUGGGCUGCGGCAUUGUUGAGGCGCUGGAGUUGUUGCUGUUUUUUUCAGGAGUGAAUAUGACACCGUGCUGUAGCUCAGGGGAAAACGCAGCAGCACAGUGUGCUUAAUUGAGAUUUGAUGCUGCUGACUGAGCUCAGCAACAUGACUCACUCACAUCACCAGAGCACUCAUACAAGACUGCCUGCUGCACAGAGUCAUGUUCACAACCAGCGGACUUGAUUACACUGUUUACAACAGCUGUAAUAAGCUUAAUUCAUUAACUGAGCACUUUCAGACUUCACUGAUGUUCGCUAUUCAUAUUCAGUGCUGACUAUGAUUUAUGUGACGAUACUGUUAUAAUGACACACAAUCAAUAUCAGGGUUUGUGAAGCUGUGUAAUUACAUAUCUGAUUAACAGCCGCGGCUAGAGUGGCUUUUUUUUUUCAUUGUGGAGAAAUUGGCAGUACAGUGGAAACUUCCACAAGAACAAUACUGAUUGCAGUGACUACUUUUCAAAGAAAUACUUGUCAAUAAACUUGAAAUGGUGCUUUUCAGUAAA